AAAAUAGCAAAAUAAAUAAUACGGGGCAGGUCGGUGCUGGAUGUGUGCGGUAGGCGGCAGUAAAGUUAGGCCGGAGGCCGGCAGAUCUCUCACUAACCCUGGAAGAAGAAGGCCACGUUUCCAGGCUUCCUGCAGAGAACCGCAGAUCUACAAACGCUCUCCCGCAGGAACACAGCCUGUGAAGGAUCUACAGAUCGCUGGAGGCUCACACAGCGACCAGCCUCAGCACAGUUUGAACUGAGCUAGCUACCAGCUGUGUUGGAGCGAUGGGAGAUGUUGGCUAGUUAGCUUACUAGCUUUUAGAUGCAUUUAGGAGACGAACUAACCUAACUAACUAGGUUAUAUAUGUGUUUAAGGCGUGGAGAAGGUUCUAGAAAUUAACUAGAUAACUUACAGCCUAAAACUAGCUAGCUAGCUGGUGCUAACAGUUAAGAACAUGUAGCUUAGCUAGCUAGUUAGCCACCUAGCUAAUGUUUGUUUUUAUCCUUUAUUUUUUUUAAAUAAUGUGUUUUUAAUCCAGCAGGGCCACGUUUUAACCAAGAAAAGACCAAUAUCUCGAUGUUUUUAAUGUGUUUAGCUCAGUCUGAGGGGAUAACUAGAACAUAAAUAGCUUAGCUAAGCUGAAACAUGGUAACCCUGCAGAACCACGUUUUGAGUAUCCUGGCCAAAUCGGCCAAAAGUGCAUCUGACGACAUCAUUAAACUGUUCGACAGCAGCUUUGAAGCUUUCUCCGAGGAGCUGCGAAAGAGACAGGAUGAAAUCAACACCCUCAGGAGUAAACUGGAGGAGUCUGAACUCAAAUCCAUGGGUCCAAAUGGUUGUGGACCAGCUUUUCUGUGUGUGCAGUGUGGGGUGAGCCUGAACUGUGUGAUUCCAAUAGCAGAAAACCCAAAGGACCACAACACUGGAAACCAAUCUCCACAAAUUAUAGAGACUGACAUCAGUGACCACCAACCUCUGGGCCAUGUGCCCAUCAUUGAGAGUGAAACUGAGGAGGACUUUGAGUUUGAAGUUGCCACUGAGGAAGAUACCUGUUAUUCCGGGCUAAUGCAGGUGGACAAGAACACAGAUUGUAUUCAGACAGUACAACAAGAACAACCUACAAUACACAAGGAAGAGAUCAACCUGGUCAUAUUUCCUCAGAAAAGAGGAAGAGGACGACCUAAAAAACAGCAUGUUGCCUGUUUACCUGCACCUAAACCUAAACCUGUACCUAAACCUGUACCUAAACCUGUACCUAAACCUGUACCUAAACCUGUACCUAAACCUGUACCUGUACCUGCAUCUAAACCUGCACCUGUUUACCUGGGUCCAAAGAGGGGCAGAGGAAGACCCAGGAAGACAGAAGUGGUGGUCACCUUAAAGAGUCAACCCAACAUGUUCUCAGCUCCAGAGCAGCCAAAGAACGCACAAAUACAAAAAGAAAUUGAAAGCAAGCCGCAGCCAGUGCAGCCCAGCCCACCUCAGACCUCAGUGAACCACAGCGUGUCUAAAGAUAAACCGCAAACUGAAACCAAGGUCGAAGUUAAUAAGUCGCAGUCGAAGUCAACAAGGUCCGGCCGAAGAGGAAGGCCACCCAGGCGCCUAUUAGAUCCAUUGUUAAUACCUUUUGCUGGGAACAAGUCUAUUUUAUAUGGCCCCAAAAACCACGAGUGUGAACCUGUCGCAUUAACAAAUAAGUUUAAAGACAAGUUUGUUUCUAAGACAGUAGAACCUGUACCCAUGCCUGGGAAACCGGUACCCAUGACAGAAGAACCUUUACCCAUGCCAGAGGAACCUGUAUCCAUGCCAGGGAAACCUAUACCCAUGCCAGAGGAACCUGUAACCAUGCCAGAUGAACCUGUAACCAUGACUGAAAAACCUGUAUCCAUGCCAGAGGAACCUGUAACCAUGCCAGAGGAACCUGUAACCAUGCCAGAGGAACCUGUAACCAUGCCAGAGGAACCUGUAACCAUGCCAGAGAAACCUGUACCCUUGACUGAAGAACCUGUACCCAUGACUGAAAACCUUGAACCCAUGACCGAAGAAUCUGUACCCAUGACUCAAGAACCUGUACCUUUAGACGACACUAAAAAGAACCAGCCCUAUAAAACACAGCCAAAAAAAGAAAAGGUCUGGGUCAAGUGCCCCAACUGUCCGAGGCAAUACACCAGCAAAGUGAAGAUGCAGGCCCACAAGAAGGUUCAUCACAGGAAGGGUGAAAUUCCGUGCCACAUUUGUGGACUGACCUUCAUAGGUCAAUGUCAAAUGACCAAUCAUUUGAGAGUGCACACAGGCGAGAAGCCGUUCAGCUGCAGUUUCUGCUCUAGAUGCUUUCCUAACCAGUCUCAGUAUAACAAACACUUACUGAGCCAUACGGCCCCUGAUUAUACCUGUGAAGUGUGCGGACUGAAAUCCUCCCAGGUGCGUAAAUCGUUGCUGAAAGCACAUCUACGCUGUAAGGAGCCCUGUUCAAACUGUGCAUCCAUUUAUACUUGAAUGCUGUGUUUUUUAGUUUUUUUUUUGGUUGGUUUUAUGGUCAAAGAUAGAGAUUUUUCCUGCUGUUGGACACUUUAGCUGGGAUGUUAUAUUUACUGGCACAUUCACUGGUAACAUUCAGACUUUGCCUCAUUUACACAUGCAGCUUUUGAAGACACAUUGGUCUAGACUCAAGAAACCCAAUGUCUUGCAGACACAACAUUGGAACCAUUUUUUCCGCUUUGGUUGCAUCUAUUGUUCUGUUGCACAUUUCUAGUCCUGCUUCUCAUAUACUCUACAAACUCUUCUUCACAUACAAUCGUUGUUUGACAAUGGUGGCAUCAAACUACCAUGUCUGAUGGGUAGAUCUGGGUAGAGUAAUGGGGAUUUGUAGAAAUAAGGCUGUCUGGAGGUCAACGUUUUAAAAGCAAGGUAAAUUGAGAGGGAAAGUAGACUAAACAUCCUUCAAAUAGUAUUUUACUGUGAUGGACAAACUUGUAUUUGUUUUACCCAAAUUUCUAAUAAUGAAUGACCAACACAUAUUUUGCUUUUCAAUUAUAGGGAAUCACUCACUGUGUGUUUUCUAUACACCAGUCAUGCGACCAUGCUUAACACUAGUGAUGUUUUCGAUACCACCAAUUUCCUUUCCGAUCCGAUACCGAUAUUUUGUGUAAAUACACUUAAUUUGUCUGUAAAUCGAAAAAUGUAGUGUAUGUCAAAUCAUAGCUUCAUAGAAACUACAAGAUAUCCAAAUUAUUAAAUUUAUUUUAAACCUCGAAAUAUGAAAUGGGUUUUCUGGAAUGAAUGCUUAACCCUAUUUAGAUUCAACUUUGCAUGUAGUCUCUCCAAAUAGCCUACAAUAAGAGAAAACAAACACUUGCUGUUUUAUAAUACUAGGAGACUCAAUUUGAAAUUGCCAGUAAAGUUUUUUUUAGUUAAAUAAAUGAAGAAAUGCCAUAAUAAUAAUUGACAAUUAAAAUAUGUUCACUACUUAAUACAGAAGAGGCGAAGCAUAGAAGUAGUCAGGGUGUAACAACACAGCCAAUAAUUUAUUCUAACAAUUAGUGUGUUUAUAUGCAUUUAAUAAAUCUAUAACGGCAGAGAAUUCUACAAUUAGUCAAAGGCAAGCAGCAGCAGCAGUCCAACAUUCCAUCAAUCUAAAAAUAUUCCUGAAUUCAAAACAACUUGUCUAGUGUAAAAGGAAAGGUAAAACGUUCUGAGUUACGUAGUGUGAACUUAGCAUUAGCUGGCCAUAUUUUUUGCAAGAAUUUAGUGGCCUCCAAAUAUAUACAGUUCUGGAAAAAAAAAUGAGAGUUUCUUUGAUUUUAUCAAAUUGAAAACCUCUGGAAUUUAAUCAAGAGGAAGAUGGAUGAUCACAAGCCUCAAACCAAACUGAUCUGCUUGAAUUUCUGUACCACGAGUGGCAUAAAGUUGUCCAAAAGUAAUGUGUAAGACUAGUGGAGGAGAACAUGCUUAAACUUAAAACUUUAUGAAUAUGAACUUGUUUUCUUUGCAUUAUUUGACGUCUGAAAGCUCUGCAUCUUUGUUUUUAGCAUUUUCUGCAAACAAAUGCUCUAAAUGACAAUAGUUUUAUUUGGAAUUUGGGAGAAAUGUUGUCUGUAGUUUAUAGAAUAAAACCACAGCGUUUAUUUUACUCAAACAUAUAGCUAUAAAUAACAAAAUCAGAGAAACUGAUUCAGACACUGAAGUGGUCUCUUUAUUUUUUUUCAGAGCUGUAUAUGUUUUGCUAGAUACUGGUAGAUUGCUGGGUCAACUUUAGCAAGAUUUUAAUUCUGGCUUGUAUUAACACUGAAUCCCUUCUUUGUUACCCCCAAUUUUUAAAAAAAGGAAAAACAUGAGAGUUUUUUUUUUUUUUUUACACCGUUCAUUUAUAAGGUUUGGGACGGCAUUUGAUUCCUAGCUUUCUCCAAGCUUGCAGUAUGUAAAUUCUUCGUCGUUAAACUUUUAUCUAGCUGUACAGAUACUUGCUUUUUUUUUUUUUUUUUUUAUGACUGUUAACAUUGAUGUGUUUUAUUUUUUGAACGUAUGAUGAAAUGCCUUUUUAUUAUCUGUGUAGGCUAUUCUUUUUAGAUGAUACACUGUCUGAAUGUCUGAAAGUUCUUCUGGAACUGAUUUAAAAGUGACAAUAUGAACUUAAAUUUUCUCCACUACUGCUGCAGUAACAAGCCUCUACUCUUUUGAGAAGGAAUUGCAGUGGAAUUGCAUUUGCUGUGAGGAUUUGAUUGCUGACAGCCACGUGAGCGUUAGUGAUGUCAGGUACUUAUGUUUAACGAUCAAUUUCUGGAUCACAAGCACCAACUCCCACUCAUUUCAAAGAGACUGGACUGAACUCCAGCCCUCCAGAGGACUGUUUUACAGCAUGGUGACCUUGGGUUGAAGGUAUCUGGUCGGACAAGUGGACAGUCAAUAGCAUCGGAAAAAGGUGAAGAGAUUUGCCUGGUAUUUACGGAGCAGAUCUAACUGUAAAAUCUUAAAUAAACAGAGAAAGCCAGAAGGUAACAUAGACAUGAGUUUUGCAUCACUGUAGCUAAAAAACGUGGCCCUGGACAUUGUGCACAGAUCAUGGUGAUCUUGGGUGGAUGUACAGAGCUCAUUGAGUUGUGCUUUUCUAUGGAGAUUAUACAAGCUGUUUGCGCACACUUGCCCACCUGUUUGAGGAAUGUGUAAACCUUACGCUAAUCAGCCAUAACAUUAGCACCACCUGCAUAGUGAUACCUAUAUCCACCAUGUUUUACCACAAUAUGUCUGAGCCAUUUGUGGCAUGGACUCCACAAUACUGCCCUGUGCUUAUUGGACAGUUUGGUCCUUGACUAAUGUUCGCUUGCCCAAAAAACGCCUUUAGCUUUGAUUGCACAAUACAUUCACUGUGGCAUUGUUUCGAUGAGCUUCUGCAAUGUCACAAGAUUUAUUAUAAUCCAGUGUUGCAUUAACUUUUCACCAAGAUCUUGCAGCAGCAUUGAUGGUUGUAGAGUCUGACCGCUGCAUAAAGCAGCUCUUCUCCAUCCAGCACAUCCCAAAGAUUCUCAAUGAGGUUAAGAUCUGGACUCUGUGGUGAAAUCUCUCUCUCAAUCCAUGUGUGAAAAUGAUGGUCUCAUGCUCCCUGAACUCUUUCACAAUUCCAGCUCCAUGAAUCCUGACAUUGUCAUCUUGGAAUAUGGCCGUGAUCAUCAGGGAAGAAAAAAUUGAUCCAUUGAUGGAAUAAUCUGGUCUAUACUCAGUAUAUUCAGGUAGAGUCAGCUGACCUCAUUUUUUCAGCACAUACUGUUGCUGAACCUAAACCUGCAGACCAACUGCAGCAUCAACCAACCCCACAUCAUUUACUUACUUAAAUCCAGAUGGAGACUUUUUUCGGUCAGGAAGUGUAGGUCCCCUUGUUUUUCACUUUACCUCUAUGUGGAUCUAUUGUUAUGGCUGGUCAGUGAAAACUAGAUGAUUUACUGAUUAGAAGAGAGUCUGGAUAUUUUUUGAAUAUACAGUGUUUAUAUAAUUGUAUUAGUGUUAAGCUGUAGUUACCACAUGGGACGUGUUGUAUUGCCAUUGUUAAAAGGGCCCCAUUCAUGGAAGACUGAAUUACUGACAUUUAUUUCUGAAAUAAAACAGUUUGAUUUAGUUUGUAAA